AUGAGUGGCACCAACCCUUUUGACGAUGGUCCUCCUGUGGACCCUUACGCCAGUGCCAGUGGCAGAUCCCGCAGUAAAUCCACGAAAUCGAAUCCAUAUGCUUUUGAUGCCAAUUUCAAGGGAAGCACGAAAGCCACGCCCGAUGAGCGAGACUCUAUUCUGGCCGGCAUGGAUGCCACAGACUCUGCGGUCCGCAAACCAUCUAUGCUCCAGGGAUCCCAAAGAGCCUCAACAGUGGGCGCAGAGACGAUGCAGCGUUUCACGGCGUCCAUUUUGGGCAAGGGACCAGGAGCGUCUGGCAUCAACAUGAAUAUGAACAUGAAUAUGAAUAUGAACAUGAAUUUUGAUCCUUCCAAAUUGGUUCCUGGCGCAUCGGACAAGUCUCGCAGAGAAGGAACCAUCUUGGUCACCAAAAAGAAAAUUCCAAUCGCCUGUUGGCCCUAUGAUGACUACCACUUGACGCAAAAGGUAUUUUACGAAAAACUAGAAGAACGAGAAGCCAAGGGCGGCACUGGAGGAGACGGCGACGCAGACAAGGGAGAAAUCUCUUCUAUUCCCAUCUUUUCAAGACCCACUGAUCCACCCGACAUUCGACAUGCAGUGGUCGGACUGCCGCUGAAAGAUUUUGAAGCAAAGGCAGAAGAACGCGCCAUCUCCAUCGUCUCCACUUGGCUAUUUGAUGCUGGACUCAUUGAUGAACUACUCGUCAAUGGAGGAAUGAGUUCCAAUGUCAUCAAGGCAUCUUCCGACACACAUCACGGCACUAGCACGGGAAGCACUGCAGACUCUUCCACGGAAGGAGUGGAAAUUGGAGCGCUCGGUAAUCCCAUUGAAGGAUCCAACAAAAUGGACAAGGAAAUUGCAAAACUCAGAUCCGCAUCCAAGCGCCAAUUAACACUCAUCAACUCACGAUUGAAUGACGGAGUUGCAGCAUCGGGAAGUGAAGUGCAGGAAUUGGUCAAUGCAGUCAAUUCGACUAAGGAUGAUCUUGGACGAUUAAGAGAACUAUCCACCUACAUUUCCAAUGCUGGAGAUAUGGAAAAGGCAAAUACAUUCAUGAUACAAAACUAUCCGCACUUGAAAUCGACAGUCAAUGCACGCAGAAACUUGCACAAGUGCUUUCGGGAAUUGGGUUUCUUUAGUCAGAUUCCAGAUACAUGUGAACGCCUCCGAGAACAGCUUUAUGCGGGAGAAUACACGGUGCAUGAAUGGACCAACCUUCGCAAUGUCUGUCGAGAACACGUCGAGUUGGAAGUCUUCCUUGUGGAGGCAGAAGUCGGGAUGAAACAGCGUCUGCAGGGUGAAGGAGAGUUCAAAUCGGGUCCACCCAGUAUUCGAGGUGGAAAUGCAUUUGGACGACAGGCAUUCUUAGACAUGGGACUCUCGCACAAUAGUGCCGAAGUCGAUCGAUUCUUGAAGGAACACGUCAAGAAUGUGUGGGAGUUGGGGGAUGAAAUCAGAAUAAGGUUACUCAGUGGAAUUGGAUCUGCUUUCGAUCUCUCCCUCAACAAUCCUGCUGGAAUGGUCGCGCUCGUGGAAGCUGUGGAGGUAUACGAAAUGGCCGCAGAAGAAUACAAAUCAGUGCAUGGAGUCGAAGCCGGAAGUAUUCAAAAUCUCAGAUUCACAGACAUGAGAUCCGCCGCUUUGUCAUCACUUUACAAGGAUAUGGAGAUUAGAGGCUUGGACGUUUACAAGGAUCUCACCAUGCAAGCGGCGGAUAUUGCAGAAGAAGAAGAAACGACCAACCAACAAUUCACAGCUGUGCUCAGAGCUGCCGGUGAACUCACGUCCGAGAUUGGGUUUGUGAAACAUCAAAUGGCUCCCUGCUUUCCUCCCAAUUGGGCCAUUGAAACCAUCUGGACAACGUCGGUGGCUCACUUGUGCUCGACGCAAAUUCUGCAACAAAUCGGAGGCACAGAAGGACACAAGCUUUCGGAUCUAACGGUGACCCAGCUACUCGAUCUCGUGGCGUUCGUCGAGAGUUUCCGUGAAAUUGUCGAGGACACAUUUCCUGACAUUGGAAAUAUCAUUACGGAAAACACUUACUUUGAUCGUAGGCCAAAUCUGUUGACAGAGGGCAGCAAGGCUGUGGACAUGCAGACGGCAAAGGAUAGUCUGGCAUGGGUGAACAAUACCCUGUGGGUGGUGCACGACUCGGCCAAGGACGAGUUCCUGUAUCGAACAAAGGAGCAAACAAUUGAAUGGGUUGAGAAGAUCUAUGCCGGUGACCACUCGGAGACAAAGACUAUCGACGGGCGAAUCUUCACAUCACUUUGCGAGGAUAUCUUUUCUCUUGCGGGAAUUCAACUUCGAACGAUCCGAGAACGUCUUACGAAACGAUCCGAGGCUCUGGUCCAAGCUGUGGGUGUCAUCUUGAAGAACCUGCACGACGUUCAGAUGCGGCAACGAGACAAGUUCCUGAAAGACUUCGAGUCUUGUUGUGCGGCAUCCAAUGAUUUCCUACGCCUAAGUGAACAGUGUGACAGUGUUGUGUCGGAGAUCAGGAACGAAACCAGGCUUACAGAUGCUGUCAUGGAGCACCUCGAGGAACAAUCAGCAGCUCUCAUUGGUGUCUACAGCGCGGAUGCGGUGUAUGCUGGACAGAAGACUCACGUUUACAUUUUCCAGCCCAUUGAGGAGGCAAUUGCAGCUGAUCUGUUCGGUUCGGAUUGGUUGGACGAUCUCACACACAAUCAACUUGCGUGGACCUUGGUUCGCACGCUGGAGGAUUUUAUGGAAGAUCUCGAAGCCUUCCUUGAUGAAUUCAUGGUCCAAAAGGUAGUGGAAGCACUCGUCUCUGCGUCUGUCGUCUUCUACAUCCGUACGCUCCUGGGGAAGGCUUCGCUGCAUCAAAGCAACAAGCAAUCGUACUUCACCGACAACAAAAAGGCACUGGAUCGCGUGUCUGGUGACAUCAGCACCAUCAAGGACUAUUUUGACUCACUUGCUAAGAACAUGAAUUCUCUGAAACGUGUCAUUGAUCGAGAGUUCGAGAUUCUCGAGACCGUCCAGGAGAUGAUGGCCAUUGCCGCUGGAUGUUCUUCGAGCGAUCCACAUGAUUUCAUCUUGGUCCUGCAGAAGCGAAUUCGAAAUAUUCAGAUCACGAAGCUGGUUGUGGGCGAUAUCUAUCACCUUGUCCAACCUCUAGAAGAGAGGAGCGUGUACGAAUUGGUCGACAGCAUGGAAGAGGAAAUGAUGGUCAUUGCGCCGACCGACGAGAAGGCAGUGGCGUCCGCGCAGGAAAGAUCCACAGUGCCGGGUUUGCGUCUGGAUCAAGUGUUGGCGAAGCACUGUGAUGCUAGCCAAAGAAAGCGCCCAUUCAAGUCCACAGCCCUUGAACGAACCGAGAACAUGCUUCAAGGAUGGCGAGCUACUUGGGCUGAGAGUACAACUGGAGUGCGGAAAGCUGCUUCUAUUGAUGUUUAG